AGCCAGUCAAAUGUCAUUAACGUCAAAUUCAGUAGUCAAAAUUGCUUUGUUUACCAUGGCCUAAUAAUUUUUGAUAACGCAAAAUCCAUCAACAAGCUCAAGCAACAAGCAAAUAAAUUAAAACUCACGUCUUGUCCAUUCACGAAAAUGAAUUCGCUGUGUAAAUUGGCGAUAAACAUUGCGGCCAGAAAUCGGAGAAGGUUGUUGAGGCAGGUUGUUAGCAAACAGCAGUCAAGAUGGACGUCUACCAUCGAGAAUCCGCCCGGUAUGAAGCCUGCACCACAGUUCAGUAUUCCCCAUGGAAUCUUUGGGCAGGCUACUUGUCAUACACACCCUCACUUGAUCCAGCCGGGACAUUUGACGUGUGGCAUCAGUCAGAUGGAGUUCAGAGAGCGAAGGGAAACAUUAGUCAACAAAUUGGCGGCAGAAUUUGAAAACAUGCAUAAAAGUCACAUUAUAGUAAUACCGGCAGCCCGCAAGCAGUACAUGUCGGACAAGAUCCCGUACGUGUUCCGUCAGAACUCGGACUUCUUCUACCUGACCGGCUGCCUGGAGCCGUCCGCCAUCCUGGUGAUGGUCAAACCUGCACAAACUGAUUCUUUCAAGAGCGUGCUAUUCGUGCACGAAAAGGAUGCGCACGCCGAGCUAUGGGAGGGCCCGCGCACGGGCUCUUCCGCCGCUGCUGGACUAUUCGCCGUCGACGAGGCGCGCCCCGUCGAGAACUUCGCGGGGUUCAUCAGCAAAAUAACCGCGUCUUCAAAGCCAGCAGUAGUCUGGUACCACGGCGACAGCCCUGCGAACCCAGACAUCCACAGCACCAUACAAUCGGCCGCCAAGGCUGCGCAGGCGACGGUGGCCGACCCACAACGCGCGUUGCACUUUAUGCGCGUGCACAAGUCGCCAGCGGAGAUCGAACUCAUGAAGGAGACGUGCUAUAUCGGCGCGCACGCUAUGAAUAUGGCCAUGGCUACUACCAAACCGGGUGUAACAGAGCACCAAGUGAACGCAGUCCUGGACUACAGCUGCCGGCAGUCGGGCGCGGAACACCUGGCCUUCCCGCCCGUGGUGGCAGGCGGCGCGCGCGCUACGCACAUACACUAUGUGGCUAACAACCAGGUCUUGAAUGAUGGAGAUAUGCUCCUUGUGGAUUCAGGUAGCCAGCGGUGGCUGUACAACUCGGACAUCUCCCGGACAUGGCCCGUGUCCGGACAGUUCUCCAAGUACCACAGGAUACUCUACGAGUUGGUGCUCACAGUUCAGUUGCGCUUGAUAGAGAUCCUGGGGGAGCACCGGCCGGCGCUGGACCAGCUAUUCGAUAGCAUGUGCCGGCUGCUGGGCGCCCAGUUACAGCAGGAGGGCGUGUUGCCGCGGCAUAUUGAUGGCAGCGAGCUUAUCGGGAAAGCGUACCGGCUGUGCCCGCACCACGUGUCGCACUACCUGGGGCUGGACGUGCACGACGCGCCGCUGGUCCGCAGGAACGUGCCCGUCGCGCCCGGCAUGGUCGUCACCGUCGAGCCAGGUAUCUACAUCCGUCCAGACGACACGUCAGUGCCUCCAGAGUUCCGCGGAGUCGGCAUCCGCAUCGAAGACGAUGUACUGGUCACGGAGGGAACGCCUCUCGUCCUCACCGACGCCGCCGUCAAAGAAGUGAGGGACGUCGAAGCGAUUGUGGGCAAACACGCACAUUGAUAUAAGGGUCAUUUUCAAAUACCUCGGCCGAGCUAGGAUGCGCGCCGUGAUAAAAUCUGAACGUUGAUUUUAGACGACAAAACUAUGGACUUAUCACGUAAAAUCGAUAAAGCUUAUCGCGCCGCGCAUCCUAGGUCUACAAGUAGACUCUUUGGAGUGCUUUAGCAGAAAAUAAAUGAAUUUUAGUGUCACGAAAACGAAAUCAUUGAGAUUUACAUUGACAUGUGACAUAAGGCCGUUGAAGUGCUUUGCUUGCAGUAAAUAAAUUAUGUUAAUUAGCAAAGGUGUUAAAAUUUUACUAGUAUAAUUAACCGAUUGAGUCCCAGGCGGGCAUUAAAUAAUGUCAUAACAAUUGAUUAUCUAUUGUGUCUAGAUUCGCGGAGCUUGAAGGAUUAAUAAACCUAUGAAAGUCGUGGCGCUAGUUGAUACGCAAAUUGAGACAAUUAUUUUCAAACUUGCUAUCUGCUUUCGUAAAAAUUGUAUCGUCAGAAGACUAUAAAUUAGUAUUUAACAAGCGAUACAUAAAUUCUUUUAAUUGUAACCACCACUCAUGAAAUUGCAUUAAUUUGUGACAAUGAGAAGUCGGAAUAGUCGAUUUCCAGUUCCUUUCAACUUUAAAAAACGACAGAGGCAAAGUGACUUAAGAUUUCCCGUCCAUUUUGGACAAAUGGCAUCAAUAUAAUGAGGCAGCGAAUUAUUAGUCAAAUAUCAGAUUCAACAGUAUUGUAAUACAGGGUGUUAGAGUAAACUAAACACCACCUACCUCAUUCUAUGUCACAACUGUCAGCUUUUUAGCGCGCGGCCCGCUCGCUCGGCGCUCAACUCUUGAUAACAAACUUCAAUUUACAAACAAAACACCAAAACCGCGGGUAGGAACUCCGUUUGUAAGGUUUAAAAUGUUAUCCGAUAUGCGAUAGCGUAAUCAUGCACCAUUUCACUGCUCAAUGCUCAUAGAUGUACUACAUCACAGAUUAAAGAGUACGUCCAUGAAUUAAAUGUUAUUUUAUUUUAAAACAAUAAUCGCGGUCACAUAACUUUUGUUUACGCCUGCCAGUAGCAUGACAUGAAUCGACAUGUCACGCGCGGUCGCUUCCGCAUCCCGGCGAGGACUAGUUCAGUAAUCUUUGAAGGGGGGCGGGGGGAGGGGCGUGCAAGCGCCGCGAGUAAGUUCAUUCAUUCGCACAACUGUUCGACAUCGUUCGAUUGUCGUUGCUAUGGUAACUACGAAGUUUGGUUUAACUACGCUACGGGCGUUGCGUAUGCGCAUAGGUUAGCAAGAUAACUUUAAAGGACCUACAAACUGGUGGUCCUUUAACCAGACACUAACACCCUGAGUACACCAGCUUUUUUUAACACGUUCUUGAAGCAUCAAACAAAUGGCAAACUUUGAAACUUUUAUCGUUCAUUUAACAAGAAAGUCGUGUAAAUUAUUGUUUUUAUCUAAAUGACAAAUUAACAAAGUAAUACGUACUAUAAUUCCAAAAGACUGAUGUCUGUUUAAUGUCAUCCAAAUCUAUUAAAUAUCGCGAAAUGUUUAUAACAUAUAAUAGAUUAAUUUUUUAGAAAAAGUCCGUUUGCGAACUGUGUACUUAUUAUACAUGGUUUUGUUAUGCAGUUGUUUAUAUCCGUUAAAUGUGAACUGUAUUACAAAUAUUUAUUUAUAACAUUGUAUAUUUAUUUAGCACAACUAUGUAUUGUUUGUGAUACCAGAAUACGUCUUAUGUCCUUGUGUGUGGCGUUGUACAGACGGUAAUAGUUCCAAUUUGUAUAUAGAUGUUAUGUGUAAAUAAUAAAAAUCGCUCUAUCACGUUUUGUGUUGUCGACAAAA